AUGACAAUUAUUUACAUGUUCUCUGUUGUAUCUCUUUUUGAUUUGUCUAGAGAUUUGGUGGAGAAGCCUCACAUUGUUGAGAUCUUCUCAAUAUUUAUUCGGUACAUCUUGUUGUUGGAUGCUGCUUGUUUUCCUUUCAUCUAUUACUACAGCCUUCUUCAUUCUUUCCGUCCGAGGAAACAGAAACCUGUGAAACCACAAGUCUGAGACGAUGUGAAGCAUUUUAAAAAGGGCAUAUUUAGUAUCUUGUGUAAGAAUAUGACAUUAAAUUGCUAGAGGCUUAUACCUUUCUGGAGAAACUGAAGAACUUGCUGCUAAACACUAAUUAUUGGCAUUUUGGGUUCAUAGAAGAUGUACAAAUCGGAUCAUUGCACUGAAACUGCAAGAUCCAUAUCUGUAUUAGCUUUUUUGUAUGUAUGUUUGUUUAAGUGUAUGUAGUGUUAUCUUUCUCAUUUUAGGUAUCCACUGUUUAAGCUCCAAAAUUUUGCUCCUGGUUUAGGGAUGGCAAUUUCCAGUUUUUCAGACUUCCCCAUGCAACAGACCAUGUGUAAUCCUUCCUUAUAGUAACCUAAAUUUGAUUUGGACAUAAGCUCAAAUUGUUCAAUAGGCUUGCAACUAUUCAAGAUGAUGGUACUGUGCAAUUUGAAGUUCCGGGGGAUAUUAAACCUGGAAAACUUGAUUUUGGGACCGGAGUUGUUUACAAUGGAGCUUCAGAUGAAGCAGCAAAUGACGUAGCUGAUAUUCCAGUACUACCUCCAUUGCAAAUUGUUAUGCUCAUUGUUGGGACGAGGGGAGAUGUGCAACCUUUUGUUGCCAUUGGGAAAAAGCUUCAGGAAAAUGGUCAUAGGGUGAGACUAGCAACUCAUGCCAAUUUUAAAGAGUUUGUUUUGGGUGCUGGGUUGGAAUUUUAUCCUCUAGGCGGAGAUCCAAAGGUUCUUGCUGCAUACAUGGUAAAAAAUAAAGGGUUUUUGCCAUCUGGACCUUCUGAAAUACUUAUUCAACGUAAUCAAAUAAAAGAUAUUGUAUUCUCCUUACUACCUGCAUGCGUAGAUCCUGAUCCAGAGUCAAAUGUUCCAUUCAGAGUAAAUGCCAUUAUUGCCAAUCCUCCUGCAUAUGGACAUAUGCAUGUAGCAGAGGCCCUCCAAGUACCAUUGCAUUUAUUUUUCACAAUGCCAUGGACGGCUACUAGUGAGUUUCCACAUCCUCUCUCUCGUGUCAAGCAGUCAGUUGCUAAUAGACUAUCAUAUCAAGUCGUUGAUGGACUGAUCUGGCUUGGGAUUCGGGAUGUGGUAAAUGACUUCAGGAAGAAAAAGUUGAAGUUAAGGCGAUUAACUUAUUUGAGUAACUCCAACAGUUUCCAUUCAGAUGUGCCUUUUGGGUAUAUAUGGAGUCCACACCUAGUUCCUAAACCGAAAGAUUGGGGCCAAAAAAUUGACGUGGUAGGGUUUUGCUUCCUAGACCUUGCUUCCAAUUAUGAACCCCCAGAAUCACUUGUUAAAUGGCUUGAAGAUGGUGAAAAUCCUGUAUAUAUUGGCUUUGGAAGUCUUCCUGUUCAAGAACCUGAAAAAAUGACCGAGAUAAUUGUUCAAGCUCUAGAAAUUACUGGACAAAGAGGUAUUAUUAACAAAGGCUGGGGUGGCCUUGGGAGCUUGAAGGAACCCAAGGAUUUUGUGUACCUGUUGGAUAAUUGCCCCCAUGAUUGGCUAUUCCUGCAUUGUGCUGCUGUGGUGCAUCAUGGAGGUGCUGGAACAACUGCUGCUGGACUAAAAGCCGCAUGCCCAACAACUGUGGUACCUUUCUUUGGGGAUCAACAAUUUUGGGGUGAACGUGUGCAUGCUAGGGGAGUAGGUCCUGCUCCCAUCCCUGUGGACGAGUUCUCCCUUGAAAAGUUGGUCGCUGCCAUCCGGUUCAUGCUAGAUCCAGAGGUAAAAGAACGUGCUGUAGAACUAGCAAAAGCCAUGGAACAUGAGGAUGGAGUGACUGGAGCUGUGAAAGCAUUCUAUAAACAUUUCCCUCUAGAAUCACUUGAGCCAAAGCCUGAGGUCUCGCCUCGUCCUCCCCGUUUCUUUUCCCUAAGACGCUGUAUCGGACACUCCUAAUUUUUUUAAAUUCAAGUUCUGCUUCUGUAUGAUUCAUGUUGUAGAAAUAGAAAAAGUCGCUGGAUGUGUAACCUAGGUACAAAAAAUGAAUCCAUAAAAUUAGAAUUCGGGAUCAUGUCCCUGAGUUUGAUUGUAUUUUCAAUUGUGAGGUUUUGUUUUUGUUUUGGAAUGGAGUGAGUUAAUGGGUGGUGUUGUUGCAUUAAAGGGAGUUAUACAUGGAAAUGUUUGUUUCAUGCUUGAUGAA